UCGUAAUCAUUCAGCAUUGUUUCCCUAUUUCAUCAGUCGAUUUUAUGAGAACUCUCUCCAAAUCCAUCACUCUCAAGCCUCUUCUUGUUCUUCUUCCUCGUCGUCUCCCUCCUCUCUGCUACACGUCCUCUUCCUCCCUUGACCCAGAAACCCUAGCCCUAAUCCCAAGUCACCCCUUCCUUGAGUCCUUCUCCCGCCUCUGCCUCCGCGGUCCCCUCGCCGACGCCGUCGCCGCCCUACCCAUCCUCGACUCCCUCGGCCUCCGCGCCGACCCCCUCUCCUACUCGGAUCUCAUCAAGCUCUGCCUCCGCCAUGGCUCACCCGACCACGCUCGCCUCCUCCACCGCCACCUCUUCUCCUCCCACGCCAAUCACCGCCCACAGCUCUUCCUUUCCAACUCCCUCAUCUCAAUGUACGUCAAGUUCGGGCUAUUGGAGGAUGCCCGUGACCUGUUCGACCAAAUGCCCCAGAGAAACGUUGUCUCCUGGACGACCAUGAUCUCGGCUCUUGCCAAUCUCAAAGAAAAGGAGGAAGCUUUGAGGCUCUUUAUUCGGAUGCAGAGGGAUGGGAUAAGCCCCAAUAUGUACACCUUUUCUUCCGUUCUUAGGACCUGCAACACGCCGAGCACUCUAUGGUCCAUCCACUCCUGCAUUAUUAAGCACGGGUUGGACUCUGACGUGUUUGUGCGUAGCUCCCUCAUCGAUAUCUACUCAAAGCUCGGUGAUUUGGAAUAUGGUUAUCGGGUUUUUGGUGAGAUGGUCACACACGACUUGGUGGUGUGGAAUUCUAUCAUCGGCUGCUUCGCGCAGAGUGGAGAAGGCUUUAAAGCUUUAGAACUCUUCGCGGAGAUGAAGAAAGCCGGGUUUUUGGCAAAUCAGGGCACUUUAACCAGCGUUCUCAGGGCAUGUACUGGGAUGGUUUUGUUGGAAAUGGGGAGGCAGGUGCAUGUUCAUGUAUUAAAGUAUGAAAGUGACUUGAUUCUAAACAAUGCCCUUCUUGAUAUGUACUGUAAGUGUGGAAGCUUAGAGGAUGCACGCGGCUUGUUCGAUAGAAUGUUAGAACGGGAUGUGAUCUCAUGGAGUACAAUGAUUUCAGGAUUGGCUCAAAAUGGGAGAAGCAUUGAAGCAUUAAAACUCUUUGAAUCGAUGAAAUUGUUGGGCGUGAAACCGAAUCAUAUCACAAUACUGGGAGUUCUAUUUGCUUGUAGCCAUGCAGGUCUAGUUGAAGAUGGGUGGUACUGCUUUAAUUCAAUGGAGAAGCUUUUUGGUGUUGUGCCUGGAAGAGAGCAUUAUGGUUGCAUGGUCGAUCUCCUUUGUAGAGCAGGAAAACUCAAAGAAGCUGUUAAGUUUAUUCAAGAACUGAAGUUUGAGCCCGAUCUGGUAAUAUGGAGAACAGUCCUCGGAGCUUGUAGAGUUCAUAGAAAUAUAAAUCUAGCAACAUAUGUAGCAAAGGAGAUCCAUAAAUUAGAACCUGAAGAUGAAGGGACUUAUAUCCUAUUAUCAAAUAUUUAUGCGAAUUCUCGCCGAUGGGGAGAUGUUGAAUUGGUGAGAGAAGCCAUGAAAGAUAAAGGAGUAACAAAAGAGCCUGGAAGGAGUUGGAUCGAACUAGGUAAAGAGAUCCAUGUGUUCAUUGUAGGGGACUUAUCGCACCCACAGUCAGAUAGAAUAGUUAAAGAGUUGAGUCGAUUGAUUAGUCGGAUAAGUAAUAUAGGUUACGUACCAGAUAUAGAGUUUGUAUUGCAGGAUCUAGGAAGAGAGCAAAAAGAAGAAUCAUUGAGGUAUCACAGCGAGAAGCUUGCAGUUGCAUUUGGGAUGUUGAACUCAACCGAGGGAAAGCCCAUUAGGAUAAUGAAGAAUUUAAGGAUCUGCGGGGAUUGCCACACUUUUGCAAAGCUCAUUUCCAAAGCUGAGGAGAAGCUUAUUGUAAUUAGGGACCCUGUUCGAUUCCACUAUUUUAAGGAUGGAUUUUGUUCAUGUGGAGACUACUGGUAGUUUUGCUUGAAUGACGAGUUUGAUGACGACAUCAUUUGGAUUAGCCAUGGUGAAAAGUGCAUUGAGAAGAGCAUAUGCGGUAUGAUUUUAAGUUGUUUGCUAUGGUAAAAACAGGCAUGAAAUCUAUGAAAUCUCACAAAUGAACUUUGAAGUGAGCAAAGAAACAACAGAAAAGGAAGGUAGGUUAUGACUUCAAUUCCCCAGGCUCUCAAUAUUUCUUCAAAGUUGAAUUAGCCCUUCCAGACUUCUACUGUGCUGGCUGGAAUUUUCAGCACAUAGUUGAGAAACUAUGGCAUGCAGUUGAUUCAAAGAUGAGGAAUAAGGGUAAAUCGUGAUCAAUAAAUGUCUCGAUAAUUGAUAGGAUGGAGCUGAUCACCUCAGAUUCUGACAGAUUCUUUUCUUUCCUUCUUUUUUUUUUUUCCCCCUUCAUGAAGAAGGAGAAAUAUGAUUGACCUCUCAGCCUUUGGAUAUCUUUAGAUGAAAGAAAGCAUAGAGGCUUUACUGUUCUUGCUGAUGACUGAAAUUCUAUUAUCCUGCUUUUUAUCUUUCAUCCGAGUUAUUGUUAUGAUCAUUCGAGUUAUGCUGUACUGUAAAACUAUGAAUAAAAUUUAUUUUCUUUUA